CCGGAAAUAGCUAAAAAUGUCUCGAUUCGCCGACGAUCAAAUAGCAGACUUUCAAGAAACAUUUUCCCUGUUUGACAAUAGGGGAGAUGGGAAGAUAUUUGCCUCAUCUCUUGGUGAUGUCCUGCGAUCAUUGGGUCUCAAUCCUACUGAAGCAGAGGUGAAGAAAUGUGGUUAUGGACAAGACCCAGAUUACAGAAUCAGUUUCGAACAAUUCCUGCCAAUCUUCCAAACUCUGAGCAAAAGCAAAGAUGUCCCGACUGAAACAGAUUUCAUUGAGGGUUUCAAAGUGUUUGACAAAGAACAAAAUGGUUUCAUCAGUGUAGCUGAAUUGAGACAUCUCUUGUGUUCUUUAGGCGAGAAACUGACAGAUGAAGAAUGUGAACAUUUACUUACUGGACAUGAAGAUGCACAGGGCAAUAUAAAUUAUGAAGAAUUUGUAAAGUGUGUGAUAAACGGUUGAAGGCAGGGAUUAUACAUUCACACGAUAUACACAUACUGACAUUGAUGUACUCAAAUAGACACUGAUAUCCAACAUACAAACUUGUAUCAGUUCUGUAGAUAGUUCUAACAAAAUAUACUAUCACAAUCGGCCUAUAUAUAUAUUUUUAAUAUUCAUUACAUACUUACAAGCAACCAAACAAGCAUUGCAAUACAUGCAUAGCAGUUGGUAGUGCUAUCCCAAAAUUGUCAUAGUCUUGCAUAGUCUAUUAUGAUAAAUAUUUGAAACCAAGUUAAUUGUACAUGAAUAAGCAAAUGGCUAUUUCAAUUUGUAUUUAUAAUGAGGUGCUUCACAUUGAUUAUAAAUGUUACUUUCCCAUUCAAGCUGAAAUAAUUGACAGGUUCGUUAUAAAAUAACCAGUGGCCAAUACACCAGUCACGGACUAAUGCAUUUGUUGUGUAAUAGCCUGGAUCAAUUGUGAAUGCAUCGCACUGGCCAAUACAUUGGAUAUGGACUUAUACAUUGCUUAUGUAGGCCUUGUACAUUGAAUCCAUUCUGUAUGUACAUUUCAUCCAAGUAUUCCAAGUCCAUUGUUAUGCAUACAAAAUGUUUGUAUUCAAUUAGAAUAUGUCACGUUUUUUUUGUUUCCAGCUCGAUUCUAAGAGAUUUAUUUGUAUCUUUUCUUAAU